GAUCCGACCCGAAUCCGGAAAAUCGGAUCCACCUGAGCUGAAUAAACAAAACUAGAAAAAAACCGUUACAAAAGCUUCCGAGAAAGUGGAUCCGCCGUAGCUGGAGGAUCCGUUCGUUAACAAAAUCAUGCCAUCUUCUCCUAAGCUGUUUAACGCGCGGCCAUCACUCUUCACGCGCCGAUCGACGCCUUUGAUCGUCUUCACCUCUCUUGUUAUCGGUCUAACCGGUUUCCUUUUCGGAUUAUCCACGAUUCUUUUCCCGGGUCUCCGGUUAUCCGGCCGGUCCUGCCUCACCAACUUGCCUCCGAAGACGGUUAAAAUCGUCUGGGACGCCGCUGGAAAUAGUAUCGUUAAUGGCGAAGUCAAAAGGCACAAGGUGAUGGGAUUCGUCGGAAUCCAGACCGGAUUCAGAUCUGCUGGCCGGAGACGAGCUCUCAGGAACACAUGGAUGCCGUCCGAUCCCGAAGGCCUUCGACGAUUGGAGGAAUCAACAGGAUUGGCCAUUAGAUUUAUUAUAGGCAAAACCAAAGAUGAGGCCAAAAUGGCUGAGCUUAGAAGGGAAAUCGCAGAGUACGAUGACUUUAUACUGCUCGAUAUCGAGGAGGAGUAUAGUAAGCUCCCCUACAAAACUUUGGCUUUCUUCAAAGCUGCAUACGCCUUAUAUGAUUCAGAAUUCUAUGUCAAAGCUGAUGAUGAUAUAUACUUGAGGCCAGAUCGGUUGUCUUUGCUGUUGGCUAAAGAGCGGAGUCACUCGCAGACAUACCUCGGAUGCCUGAAAAAAGGUCCGGUUUUCACAGAUCCAAAGCUCAAAUGGUAUGAACCUUUGGCAGAUCUGCUCGGGAAAGAGUACUUUCUUCAUGCUUAUGGCCCCAUAUAUGCUCUUUCUGCUGAUGUUGUCACUAGUUUGGUUGCCCUCAAGAACAACAGUUUCAGGAUGUUUAGCAAUGAGGACGUGACUAUAGGUGCGUGGAUGCUGGCAAUGAACGUUAACCACGAGAAUCUUCACACCCUUUGUGAACCAGAGUGCUCACCAUACUCCAUUGCUGUUUGGGAUAUACCAAAAUGCUCAGGCCUCUGUAACCCAGAGAAAAGGAUGUUGGAACUUCACAACCUAGAGAGCUGCUCAAAAACCCCGACUUUGCCAUCGGAUGAUGAAUGAUUUACCGUCUAAUAUAUAAUUCUUUAAUGA